AUGGCUACUGGUGUCCGAGGAUCCUCUAGGAAGAGAACUAGGCGUUUAGCUAAAGCUAAGGUUCCUGUUAACGAUGAAGAGAUUACAGAUGUCUCUUCCAAUGAUGAAAAUGAAUUCUCAGUAGAGGAAAUGGAUGAUGGCCAUGAGGAAACGUUAGACUCAGACGAGGAAUUCUCAGCUGAGAAUCCUGCAGAUAAGAGAAGAAGACUUGCCAAGCAGUACCUGGAAAAUAUAAAAAAUGAUGCGAAUGAGAUCGUUCAAGGAGAUGAUAAUGCCACACCUUUUCGGGAUCAGGCAGCAGGAGCAGAGUCUGCGAUCGACAAUUACAACAAUUUUGACGCCCGUGAACUCGACCGUGAUAUCAUUGCGUCUAGGUUAAAGCAGGAUGUUGCAGAGCAGCAAGGUCGUGUGUAUAGGUGGAUUGCGAACAAGAUGUUAAUCACUGAAGCGAAGGUAUCAUUUACAAGGGUGGGGGAGAAGAAUCUGACUGGACUGAGUUGUUACCAACCGUUACUGAAUAAGUUUGUGCAUGAAGAUGUACAGAUGAAGAGCAAAGGAAGAAUUUUUGUAUAUACCGUGAGUAAAGACGUACAAUUGACGAAAUACGAUGUUACGGAUUUCAAGGCCAGGCCCAAGAGGGUUAAGUAUACUAAGGGAAGUAAGUACAUUCCAGAAGGCAACCACGGGUUUGAAAACACAACCGAGGGCCAUUACGACGAGAUAUUAAGCGUUGCAGCAUCUCCAGAUGGUAAGUAUGUUGUUACUGGUGGUCGUGACAAGAAAUUAAUUGUUUGGAGUACAGAGUCAUUGGUACCAGUAAAGGUGAUACCUACUAAGGACCGUAGAGGAGAAGUGUUAGCCUUAGCAUUCCGUAAGAAUUCGGACCAGCUAUACGUAGCUUGUGCAGACUUAAAGAUCAGGACUUUUGCUAUUAACCAGUUUGCUCAACUGGAAGUUCUGUAUGGCCACCAAGAUAUUGUAGCUGAUAUUUCCGCGUUAAACAUGGAGCGGUGUGUAACAGUGGGAUCUCGUGAUCGUACAGCAAUGUUAUGGAAAAUCGCUGAUGAAACAAGACUAACGUUCAGAGGAGGCGAGAACACAGAGAAGUUGCUUAGAAAGUGGGAGAAAGCUCAUGCCGACGAAGAGGGUCUAGAGCCGCCUAUGUUUUACGGCGAAGGCAGCAUAGAUUGUGUAGCGAUGAUUGACGACUCGCACUUUGUGACCGGGUCUGAUAACGGCAACAUUGCAUUAUGGUCACUAUCAAAGAAAAAGCCUAUAUUUGUUGAGAGAACUGCACAUGGAGUUCUACCUCUUUCAAAAGCGGCAAGCAUAUCUGCAGAGAGGAACGCAGAGCUGUGCACACAGCAGCUACAAGGCAACAAGUUGAGUCAGCCAUAUUGGAUCACUGCAUUGCACGCAGUGCCAUAUAGCAACGUCUUCUUCAGCGGUUCCUGGGAUGGCUGUUUGCGGGUGUGGAAACUACAAGAAAACAUGCGUGAGUUUAUGCUAUUGGGCAAAUUACCUAAUUGCAAAGGUCUUGUAACCCAGCUACAGACUGUUGAGAGUGGAAAACAUGGGCGCGAGACAUUGCGUGUGCUAGCCAGUGUCAGUAAAGAGCACAAGUUGGGAAGAUGGCAAGGCAAAAUUUCAGGUGCUAGAAACGGCAUUUAUUCGGCGGUCAUCGAACAGGCCGGAUAUUGA